AUGGACCACUCAACGCUCCCCAUCUCCCCAUCGAUGACCUACGUCUUCUCUCCGGAACAACACGGUCACCUCGUUCCCUGGAUUGCCGCCCUCCAUGCCUCAUGCAUGACCAUGGACCGAAUGAUCGGGCCCUUUCUCCCGCCGCUCGAGAACGGAAAACUGUUGGGGUGGUGGAGGGAGAGGAUCGCCGAGUCUAAUCGGGGCACCCGGGUCAUCGUCCUGCUUUUGCCCGAGACUCCUCCCGGCAGCAAACCGGUGGGCAACGACCUGAGAGGCUUGGCGAUGUUGAAGUUGUCCGACACGGAGACGGGCUCGUUUAGGGGGAAGAUCGAUACUCUGCUCGUAAAUCAGAAGUUUAGACGCCAGGGGGGCGCGAAGGCGUUGGUGGACGCGUUGGAGUACGAGGCCGCUAGGAGGGGGAGGACUCUGCUGCGCGUAAACACCGAAACAAACUCCGCCGCCGAAGCCGCCUUCAAGAAAUUCGGCUACAUCGAGUUCGGCCAGGUGCCUCAGUUCAGCAAAGCCGUCGUUUCUCAAGGCAGCCUCAAGAAGAGCGAGACGUUUUUUUACAAGGAUUUGCUGUCAAUCUCACAACCAUCGUCUGGCUCCAACUCCUCUUCCUCCUCCUCUUAG